CACACACACACACACACACACACACACACACACACACACACACACACGACGAGGAGGAGGAGGCAGAGAGAGUCGCAGGUCCCGCAGGAGGAGGCAGACAUACAGGCUGAGAGCAGAGAGCAGUGAUCUUCAUGCGCUUCAUCUUCAUUACUGCGACUCCAAGAACGACACGGACGCAGACACCAUGCGCGCUCCACACCACCUGAACACCACAUGAACCUCCUGUUCUCCACCUGAUCACCUUCUGCAGAACCUCCUGGAGCUCUUGUUGUUCACCUGAACCUCCACCUGGACCUCCUGUACAUGAGGGAACUUUGCGUUUUAAUCCGCCUCUGACACCUGAAAACAAACUUCCGGCUGUGUGUGUGUGUGUGUGUGUGUGUGUGUGUGUGUGUGUGUGUGUGUGUGUGUGUGUGUGUGUGUGUGUGUUUCUCUAAUUCCUCAUCAUGAGCCGUAAGUCGCGCCGCUGGAUAUUCCGCAUUUUCCUCUGUCUCGGAAUAAUCUAUCUAAAGAUCGGAGGCUUCUCCUCAGUGAUAGCUCUGGGAGCCAGCAUCAUCUGCAACAAGAUCCCAGGACUCGCACCACGACAGAGGAUCAUCUGCCAGAGUCGACCGGACGCCAUCAUCGUGAUAGGAGAAGGAGCACAAAUGGGCAUCAACGAGUGUCAGUUUCAGUUCAGGAACGGAAGGUGGAACUGUUCUGCCCUCGGCGAGAGGACCGUCUUCGGAAAAGAGCUGAAAGUGGGUAGUAAAGAAGCCGCAUUCACAUACGCCAUCAUCGCAGCGGGCGUGGCCCACGCCAUCACGGCGGCGUGCACGCAGGGGAACCUGAGCGAGUGCAGCUGUGAUAAAGAGAAGCAGGGCUUUCACGGCCGAGCCGAUGGAUGGAAGUGGGGCGGCUGCUCGGCCGAUAUCCGCUACGGCCUCGGCUUCUCCAAGGUGUUCAUGGACGCUCGGGAGAUCAAACAGAGCGCCAGGACGCUCAUGAACCUCCAUAACAACGAAGUGGGACGAAAGGUUCUGGAGCGGAACAUGCACCUGGAGUGUAAGUGUCACGGUGUGUCGGGUUCCUGCACCACCAAAACAUGCUGGACAACUCUGCCUAAGUUCCGCGAGCUGGGCUACAUCCUGAAGGACAAGUACAUGCAGGCGGUGCAUGUGGAACCGGUCAAAGCCAGUCGCAACAAGCGUCCCACCUUCCUGAAGAUCAAGAAGCCUUUCUCUUACCGCAAGCCCAUGGACACGGACCUGGUGUACAUAGAGAAGUCGCCAAGCUACUGUGAGCCGGACCCCGUGACCGGCAGUGUGGGGACUCACGGGAGGGUCUGCAACAAGACCAUCACCCACCACUCCAAUAGCUGUGACCUGAUGUGUUGUGGGCGGGGCUACAACACGCACCAGUACUCGCGGGUGUGGCAGUGCAACUGUAAGUUCCUGUGGUGCUGCUAUGUCAAGUGCAACACCUGCAGCGAGAGGACAGAGGUCUACACGUGCAAGUGAAUGAAAGCGUGUUGCAUGACGUCAGACACUCGGAUCUUGUGGGUUUUUUUCAUUUUCCAGGAUGUUGAUGUUGUUGAUGUCUUUUUGCACAAAAUAUCCACUGGAUGACUUUAAGAUCACUUCCUGGACUAAAUGCAGAAGUGCAUUAUGUAUACUGCAGCAGGUCUAUUGACCUCACAAGGCCUCGCGGCAACCGAGCGAGUCUGGAGCUGUCUGAGACCUGUUUAACGCGCCGCUAUUAGACUUUCCUCCUCCCGCUAUUGAUGAUGAUGAGUGUGAACACGUUAACACGCUGACAAUUCAUUUAAAGAAAUGAUUUUUAUUUAUUUAUGGAGCUACUGUCAUUCGGCUUGGCUUGAUGUUGGUAGCAAGAGCUGAUUCAGUUCACACUGACACAUUACUGACACUACUGACACACUACUGACACUUCUGAAACACUACUGACACUACUGACACUACUGAAACACUACUGACACUACUGAAACACUACUGACACUACUGACACACUACUG